AUGGCAGAAACAGAGAGAUCGAUACUAGGGUUCCUACAGAACAGUGAUCAGAUCUCUGAUUCUGGUCAAUUCUCUUCCGACCACAACCUCGACCAUGAUCAAGUCAAGAACGUCAUCAAAAGUCUCCAAGCAUUUCGUUACAUCGAUGCUCAGGAAGUUAUUAGGAAGACAUGGGUUUUGACUGAAGAAGGAAACAAGUAUGCUACACAAGGCUCACCAGAGGUACAACUUUUUUCAGCUGUGCCAGAAGAAGGUAGCAUCUCAAUGGUUGAACUCAAGAAAAAGUUAGGCAAAUCGAUCGAUUUUGCCUGGAAAUAUGCUAAGGAAUACAAGUGGUUGGAAUUAGAAAACAAGCAAGUGUCAAGAAAGGUUCAACAUGUAGAAGAUAAAAUGAAAGGACUACUUUUACAAAUACAACAAGGGAAGGAGGUUGACAAAGACGGUAUUGAUUUUCUCAAAGGCAGAAAGAAACUCAUAGAACAAGUGAAAUGGAAUGGGUACUGUUCUAUAAAGAAAGGUCCUAAUUAUGCUCCCGAGAGACGGAAAGUGUCCACGGACUUGACUCGAGAAAAUCUUGAAAACUGGAAAGAGUUGGAGUUUAAGGAGUAUAACUUCAAUACUAAAGGAGCUCCUCUUGAUUCUGGUCUUCUUCACCCUCUUCUUAAGGUGCGGAAGCAGUUUAAAGACAUAUUUGUUCAGAUGGGGUUUGAGGAGAUGCCAACAAAUAAUUUUGUGGAGAGCAGCUUCUGGAAUUUUGAUGCAUUGUUCCAGCCUCAGCAGCACCCUGCUCGUGAUUCUCAUGACACCUUCUUUCUAAAAGCUCCUUGUACGACAAGGACACUUCCAGAAGAUUAUGUUGAGAAGGUGAAACGUGUUCAUGAGUCUGGUGGAUAUGGAUCAAGAGGGUAUAGUUGUGAUUGGAAGAGAGAAGAAGCAAACAAGAACCUUCUCCGAACUCACACAACAGCUGUCUCUUCUAGGAUGCUUUAUGCACUAGCACAGAAACCGUUUGUCCCGAAGAAGUAUUUUUCGAUUGACCGUGUGUUCCGAAACGAGGCUGUUGAUAGGACUCAUCUUGCAGAGUUCCAUCAAAUGGAAGGUUUAAUAUGUGACCGGGGACUUACAUUGGGAGACCUUAUUGGUGUAUUAAAAGACUUCUUCGCACGCUUAGGGAUGCCAAAGCUAAUGUUCAAGCCAGCUUACAACCCUUACACUGAACCAAGCAUGGAGAUCUUCAGUUACCAUGAAAAAUUAGGGAAGUGGGUGGAGAUUGGAAACUCGGGAAUGUUCAGACCUGAGAUGCUUCGACCGAUGGGUCUACCUGAGGAUGUCCAAGUCAUAGCUUGGGGUCUUGGUCUUGAAAGACCAACUAUGAUAUUAUAUGGUAUCGACAACAUCCGAGAUUUGUUUGGACAUAAGGUGGAUCUCGGUCUCAUUAAACGGAAUCCGAUAUGCCGAAUUGGAAUCUGAGUGAGGGAUUUCAACUGUCUUCUUGAUUCAAG